AUGUCGAAACUACAGCAAGAUGCCGCAGCCUUCAAAUCUGUUAUGCACCGGCAGGACCUAGUCUCCUGGCGUCGAGGAACACAAGCAGCUUCGACAUCAACAGCGACAACCAGCACGACGGACGGUGGCGGCGACUCGCAGUCCUCCCCACCAGCGAAGAAGAAACGGCCAAAGACAAAUGUCGUGUAUUCCCAGCCAGCCGAUACUGGCACGGGCACGAACGUCAAUACGCAGCUGGUUUAUGCGGUAUCUUAUUUGAAGAAUCAUAAUGGGCCUAUACGAUUAGACGACCUUGCCGCUUAUACUAGCACCCCCGUCAACACCGACCCCGUACUAUUAGAAAAGUUCAAAGCGCACGAUCGUGUGGUGUACGACCCCAAAACCGACCUCUAUUCAUACAAGAGCGAUUUCACAUUUAGAAACAAAGCCUCGCUUCUGACAGAGAUCCAAAGGCAAACGCGAAAAGGAGGCGGUCUUUCUGUUCGUGCUUUGAAGGAUUCAUGGAAAGAGGCACCGGCGGCCAUCGAGGAGCUAGAGCAGGAGGGCGAUGUGCUGGUCACUAGGACGACGAAAGACGGUCAACUGCGGAUGGUCUUCUGGAAUGAGAUCAAGCCAACGGACGAGGCAGGUGGGAAGCGGGUGGACCAAGAAUUCCUGGAUCUAUGGCACGAGCUCAAGGUGCCUAACGAGGUGGAUUUGCAGAAAGAGCUUGCAUCCGAGGGUCUACAGGUUACAGCCGCAGAGGCACCGGCACCCAAACCACCGGUUACCAAGAAGAAGGGCAAGCGUGGCGGGGCACCUCGACAGAGACAAGCGAAGAUCACCAACACACAUUUGAGGGGAGAAAUCGAUCUUUCGAAGGACUAUGCUCCUCCUGGAAAGUAGUCGUAUGGGCUGGGUGUAGAAUUU